GCCAGUCUUGAACAGGCAACGGCGAGGACAAGUUCAACUGGCGACACACUUGUUCCCCCCCCUUAUAUACUCGUGUGCCUCCCAUCUUUUUUAAUUUGACGCUGUGCGAUACGCUCUUUUUUCUUUCUUUCUUUCUCUAAAAUAGGCAACGGAUGGUUGCCUAGUUGCUCCCCCACGUCGCAGUCAGAUGUUGUCCGGUUGCCAUAGCUGGUGGUGUUGUGAGACUGUCUGUUUAUUGAAUUUCUCUCGUCCGCUGCUGUCGUCGUCAGUCCUAUCUCGUGACUGUUGACUGAAUCACGACAAUUUUUUUUUUUCCCCGAUUACUGAUGCUACCAUCGUUUGUUUUCUUCAUUUCGAAUGGAGCGAGUGAAAUUGUGCAUGUUCUAGCCCCGGUGCUUUCCAGUCCCAACGUAGUAGCCGUCACGACGACGUACGUUUGUUAUUGACAUUUACACACUAUCUCUGGCUAAUGCUAGGUUUAGAUAACUUGUGCCUGCUUUAGGAAAUGGAUCGUUCUUCUGCAGAACCUUCUCCUUCACAGCCCUCUUCACCUAACCUUUACACAUCCACGCCAAACAAAUUCAAGAUUGCUUCAUCGUCUACAGAGAGUGCCCAGGUGCCUCAGUCUGUUAUAGAUCGAGUUCAAUGUGGCAAUGAAACUCAACAACUUGACUGGCAGGGACCGGGGAAUGGAGAGUCUGCACCUUCUAGUAGUCCUGGAACGAUACCACCAGCACCUGGGUUUAUGGUGGCCAGAAAGGAAUCGUACAAGCUGCAGAGGAAAAACUACAGGUUCGAAAAGAAGAAGGCUACCAAUGAACUGUUGUGUUCCUUCAAAGACCCAGCUGUUGUUGUCUUGGCAGAUUGGCUCAAAGUUAGAGGAAUGCUCAAGAGUUGGACGAAACUGUGGUGCAUUCUGAAACCAGGUGUCAUCUUACUUUACAAAAGUGACAAGGCAAAGGACUGGGUUGGUACAAUACUCUUGAGUAUGUGCAAAUUGAUUGAACGUCCUUCGAAAAAAGACGGUUUCUGCUUCAAACUCUAUCAUCCAUUGGACCAAUCGAUAUGGGCGCCGAAAGGGCCCUUGGGAGAAACAAUUCCUGCUCCAAUUCAACCGCUGCCCACCUCUCACCUGAUUUUCCGAGUGUCUUCUCAAGGAGCUGGCAAAUGUUGGAUGGAUGCGCUGGAAUUAGCCUUGAAGUGCUCAUCGCUUUUAAUCCGUUCCAUGAGCACUCGAAGCACCAACAUUGGCGAAGGUCUCGUUUCGGACCUUGCGUCUGGCCAUCCCAUUUCCGGUGCUUCAGCCUCUCAGAGCGGCGAUCUCCACUGGAACGACUCGGAUUUUGAAAAGCAUUUCAAAGACCAGGAUUUCGACGAUACUAGUCAUACGGAUGAAAACGACAUUACCGAAGCUGAACGCCGCUCUGGCUCCGGGCUGGAUGUGGCAGAUUUCGCCACCGUUGGGCCUCGUCUUCCGCGCACACGACGCGAUUCCCAUCACUCCGAUUCGGAAUCAGAGGAAGACGAAUUGAGAUCACUCGACGAUUUCCCAGUCGAGACGCCGUACGUUGUCCAACAAGAAGAAGAGUUUGGCUCGACUGGAGAGUUGACGGAAGAAUUGGCCGAUGAUAACAAAAGUUUGAUUUGGUUUCUUGUCAAGCAAGUGCGCCCCGGAAUGGAUUUGUCCAAAGUGGUCUUACCAACGUUUAUUCUGGAACCGCGCUCAUUUCUUGACAAAUUGUCUGAUUAUUAUUACCACGCCGAUAUCCUGUCCAGAGCUGUUUUGGAAGACGAUCCUUUUACGCGGAUGAAAACAGUGGUUCAGUGGUACCUUUCCGGUUUCUACAAAAAGCCAAAAGGUCUCAAGAAACCUUACAAUCCCAUUCUGGGCGAGGUCUUUCGCUGUUGUUGGAAGCAUCCCAACGGCUCCACCACGUUCUACAUAGCCGAACAAGUGUCCCAUCACCCUCCCAUAUCAGCCCUUUACGUCACAAACCGUAAAGACGGGUUCACUCUAUCGGCCACCAUUCUGGCCAAAUCCAAAUUUUACGGAAAUUCAUUGUCGGCUCUGCUGGAUGGAUCGGCUCGGCUAACUUUAUUGCCGCGCGGUGAAGAUUACGUCAUCACCAUGCCUUACGCUCAUUGUAAGGGGAUUUUGCUCGGGACACUCACCAUGGAAAUGGGCGGCGAAGUCUACCUGAAAUGCGAAAAGACGGGCUACCGGGCCGAUUUGGAGUUUAAACUCAAGCCGAUGAUUGGUGGAGCGGAUUUUAUGAACUACGUGACGGGCAAGCUUCGACUGGGAAAAGAAACUUUGGCCACCAUAUCAGGCUAUUGGGACGACUGCAUUACGAUCGAAGACAAGCGAACGGGAGAGAAGCAAACGCUGUGGAAUCCGACGUCCGAAGUCAGGGCCACCAGACUCAAACGCUGGACGGUGGCCAGCGAGGAGCAACUCGCCUACGAAUCGGACAAACUCUGGAGCAAAGUGGCAUCCGCUAUUCGUCAAGAAAAUCAGGAAUUGGCCACGAACGAGAAGACGAUUUUGGAAGAGGCUCAAAGGAACGCCACCAAAUUGCGGAUAUCUCAGAACGAGACGUGGAUGCCUCGCUGCUUCGAGCUGGACCCGGUGACGGAUUCGUGGCAUUACCGUCACGCCGACGUCCGCCCCUGGGAUCAGCGCAACGACGUUGUCCAGUACGAGAGUAAUUUCGUCAUCGCCACCAAAACUCGGCACCGAACUCCCAUGAUUCGCGAGGCCAGCAUAGUCAGCGUCGAGAGACAAACGGAAUCGAUCCGGCAACAGUUAGUCCUGUCGUCGCCCAAUGGGCCCGAAUUCCGGAAGCCGUUGAGCGAAGCCAACGUCAACGGGGCGAGUGUCAUCCGGCGGAGGAAUGCCGACGGAAGCAUCAGUUCCUCCGCCGAAGGCGAUCUAUUGCAUAGCUCGGAAGAAGACAAUCGCUUGAAAGCGGAUAAACGUCAAUUGCGGAGUGGUUUAACCAGCUGGAAUCACGUGCUGCAGUACCUGGAAGAGUCGCACCGGGAAACGCAGGAUCGAUUGACCCGGAUCCAGACGAGCAUUCAGUCGAUGGUGUUGCAACAACACCAGACGUUGGGUCCAAAGAAGAUGAUGCGCGGCUCGUCGUCGCGUGACCUUUACCUGGUCGUUCUAGUGCUGGUCCUCUGCCAGGUGGUUCUCUGGUUGUACUGGAAGAAAUGAUCCCCACCCACCCACCAACCCUACCCCUCCCUUAUUACCUUCAAGUUUCGAAACAUUUUGUGUUUGCAACAACGCCAUAACCUCACCCGUAUGUUAAGAAAUCUCUGUGCCGGCAAGCGGGAAAAAAACAAAUGAGUCGUCUCUUUGCUAGUACGAAACAAACAAAAAUAUGAGGCAAUAGUAAUGGUGAAGUAACGAGUGCUAGUCGGUCCCCCCUUGUCCUCCACCCACUCACCCCGAAAUGCGUUCUAUACCCCUCCACACUAAAAAAAAGAAAAAAGAAAGAAAACAAUUAAUAAUAAUUUUUCUGUUUUGUUUGAUAGUGAUGUGAACUACUGGAGCAAAAGCAUUCCUUCCAUGUUCUAUUUAUCCAGAUAUUUAUGAGACAUUUAUUUAGUAUGACCUCAUGGCAUGGGAGACUUGUGUGUGUGUGUGUUUGUGAUGCAACAGGGAUUUUUUUUAAAAAGGGCGGAAACACACAACCAAACAGGGACUCGCAGCCGAAGGGAUAGUUAUAUAGAAAAGAGAUCAAGUGCCAUGACAUUUGAGAGAGAAUAUGAUGUGCCGUCUUGACAUUCCUCCUCUUCCAUUGAUUAUAUAUCUUUCGACUUUGCUUAUUUGCCACUCUCUCUCUACUUCGCUUCGAAUUUUUCCUCCCUCUCAUCUUUUCUCUUCAAGUCGAAAAUAUAAAACCUUUUUUCCUAUUUCCCUUUCGUCUUCUGAUCCAUCGUGCCGAUUUUUACUCGUUCGCCUCCGUCAAUGCGAAAUUGUCCAUUUCCCAAUGAUAUACUGUGUUACACAAUUGUGUGGCAAGAUCUGCGUCAAUUGUCUCCUUUUUCUUCAAUUAUAAAGCGAUAUCUUCUCAAUACACGUCAACGUGUCCCCCUCUUAAA